CAAGAGGUUUAUAUGAAUGCAGAUUGAGUUGGUGGUCUUUAAAACGGCUCAAGGCACAGGCUUCACAUCACAUUCAUUUCCGCUGCAGAGAGCAACAUGACGAGUAUCCCCUUCACCCUGCUUUUAUUGGUAACCAUGAUGGUGCCGACAACCUCAGCACAAGGUGGCAUCUCAACCUGUUGUCUGAAAAUCACCGGGACAAAAGUCCAUCGAGACCUGCUGAGGAAGUACUACGUAGAAGAUCCAUCAUCAUGCACUCAACAUGCAGUGGUAUUCACAACAGUUCAAGGGAAACGAAUCUGUGCCAGCAAGACCAAUGUGUGGACAAAGACCAGCAUGGCCUAUAUAGAUGGAAAAAACUGGCAGCAAAAACAUCAGACCUUAAAAACGACAUCCCUGACCGGAAUAUAGUGGACACUGAUCCCUCUAUUUAAACACAAGGGCUCUGUCAAUCAGCUUAAACUAUCGGAGUUUAACCAAAUUUAAACUUUAUAAUGUACCUCAGUUUAUAAUUCUAAACAUGUAUUGUAUUUACCUUUUGUUUGACUUUAUUUAAUAUUUCUAACUGAUGUAAAUAUGUAAAUACAAUGUGACUGAAGACUGACUCAAGUUUGUUAUAGUUUCAAGAAUAUAACUUCAUGAUCUUAAAAUUCUAAUCUGAUUAAAACUGGGGCCGUCUCAUUCUCAGCUCUCACUGUU